UCAAGGAAGAGCUUGGCUUCUUUCCCGACCUAUGUUGAAGUUCCAGGACCUUGUGAUCCUGAAGAUUUAAUUGAUGGAAUCAUAUUUGCUGCCAAUUAUCUUGGUUCUACUCAACUCCUUUCGGACAAAACUCCAUCCAAGAAUGUGAGAAUGAUGCAGGCUCAGGAAGCAGUGAGCCGAAUCAAGAUGGCCCAGAAAUUAGCCAAAAGCAGAAAGAAGGUUCCUGAAGGUGAAUCUCAGCCCAUGACUGAAGUUGAUCUUUUCAUUUCAACACAGAGAAUAAAAGUGCUGAAUGCAGACACUCAGGAAACUAUGAUGGAUCAUCCUUUGAGGACCAUUUCCUACAUUGCAGAUAUUGGAAAUAUAGUUGUAUUGAUGGCUCGAAGGCGAAUGCCAAGAUCAAAUUCUCAAGAUAAUGUGGAGGCAUCUCAUCCUUCUCAGGAUGGGAAGAGGCAGUAUAAAAUGAUCUGCCAUGUUUUUGAAUCUGAAGAUGCACAAUUAAUUGCACAGUCCAUUGGCCAGGCAUUCAGCGUGGCAUACCAGGAAUUUUUGAGGGCAAAUGGGAUAAAUCCUGAAGACCUGAGUCAGAAGGAAUACAGUGACCUCCUCAACACCCAGGAUAUGUACAACGAUGAUCUUAUCCACUUCUCUAAGUCUGAAAACUGCAAAGAUGUUUUCAUUGAGAAGCAAAAGGGUGAAAUUCUGGGCGUAGUGAUUGUAGAAUCUGGGUGGGGAUCCAUCUUGCCUACAGUUAUCAUUGCCAAUAUGAUGCAUGGGGGACCAGCAGAGAAAUCUGGAAAGCUGAACAUUGGAGACCAGAUCAUGUCUAUCAAUGGUACUAGUUUAGUUGGCCUACCACUCUCUACGUGCCAGAGUAUCAUAAAGGGUUUAAAAACACAAGCCAGGGUUAAACUGAACAUAGUGAGAUGUCCUCCAGUAACUACUGUCCUUAUUAGAAGACCAGACCUCAGAUACCAACUAGGCUUCAGUGUACAGAAUGGCAUUAUCUGUAGUCUUAUGAGAGGAGGGAUUGCAGAACGAGGAGGAGUCCGAGUGGGUCACCGAAUUAUUGAAAUAAAUGGACAAAGUGUUGUAGCAACACCUCAUGAAAAGAUUGUUCAUGUUCUCUCAAAUGCUGUUGGUGAGAUUCACAUGAAGACCAUGCCAGCUGCCAUGUACAGACUCUUGACUGCACAGGAACAACCAGUUUACAUCUAAAGCUGACUCUUCCAGCGUGCAUGGAAGAUACUCCUUCUCAUUAGUGGUGGUGUUUUCUUGUGCUGCAUUUUGAUGUCUGCAGCAGCAUAUCUCUUGCUCUUUUCUUACCUUUUAUCAUUCUGUUGGGUAUAAGAUGGCAUUUUUGGUUGCACCUUUUUACAACUAGUUUUAUGUAACUAAGAAUCUCUAAUAUACAUGCAUGCACUUAUUCAAGCUAUGUCAUUUAUGUUUUGUGGCUCUUACAAUAGAAAACACAAGUAUCUUAAAUAAAAAUAAAGUAGAAAACUCUUUUCACCAAACAAGACAGACUGCAGGGUAAAAUUCUCCAUUUAUGGCAAUAGACAGGAUAUUGAUCUAUUUCUCCUAUAAAGUUGCUGUGCCAAAGGUAGGAAAGCAACAUUAUAAUUUUACCGUAAGUAAAUAGUUCAAUAUGGUUUGAAGUAAACACUGAUUCCCUUAGGUAGUUAAAUAUCCAUAUAAUGGAAAACUAUUACUAAAAGAUGGUGUUUAGCGUAUGCUGAUAAACCUCUAGACUGAAAUGUGUACUGUCUAUGGGAGAUAUUUUACAAUUUUGCUCCUUGAGUUCAAAAACUUCCCCAUAUUUCUGAAAUGUCAUUUAUUUUUUAGAUAUAGCACAAUUUUUUUUCAAAGUGGCUUUUCUAAUUCCUACUUUCUUUCCAGGGUUGAAUGAUACAAUUCUAAAUAUCCAAUAAAAACAGUAUGGGUAUAUGGGGGAAGGAUUUUGCCAGACUUAACUUUCUAUUUUUUUUUUCAUUGUGGGCAUACAUGGGUUAAUAGGUUGUCACAUUUUAAAAGUGCUUGAUACAAGAAUUUUAACAAGUCUGCAUAUAGCACUACUUCGUUUUGUUCUGAGCCAGUUUUAAUUUUAACAUACCUUGGCAUAAAAAUCUUGUAUUUAUUUAUUUUUAUGACCUCUUUAA